CAGGGGCGGACUGACCAUUUGGAAACUCGGGCACUGCUCGAGGGCCCAGGGUCAGUAGGGGGCCCCAUGAGAUGCCCCUGGUACCUUUUUCAUAGGCUUUUUUGAGUUUGGGCAAGGACACAGGGGCCCCAUGAUCCCCUAUUGCCCGGGGGCCCCAUGAGUUGUCAGUCCACCCCUGUAUUGCACUUGUCAUACUGCUAUGUUUCAGUGCUCAUCAAUGCCACCUGUCAGUGCCCAUCAAUGCCACAUACCAGUGCCCAU